AUGCCGCCAUCUUCUGGAUGGAUAAAAUGCAAUAUUGAUGGUGCCUUUAAUGAUUCUUCUUUGAAAAAUGGAGCAGGCUAUUUGAUGAGAGACUUCAUAAGUAAAGCUUCUUUUUGUGUUGUUAUGGUUUUUGAAGUGGAAUCUGUUGAAGAGGCUGAAGCUAGAGCUAUCUGGGCGGUGUUAAAAAAAGCAGUGGAGCAAAAUCUUCCUCACAUCAUUAUAGAGAGUGACGCUCAAGAUAUCAUCAAUCGUUAUUCUUCUAGACAGUUUGAUGGUGAUUCUAGGACAGAUGUUAAUUUUAGAAACAUUAAGAUGUUUGCUUCGGGUUUAAAAGCUUAUUAUAGUUCGUCAUCAUCAUUAUCAGAUACUGAUAAUCCUCCUAUUAAGGAAAUUCGUUAUCCACUCAAGAGUAUGAUACAGCAGUUAAAAAUAUCGGGUUCUUGCAAUGGAUUGGUUUUCUCAAGUCAUUGUCAAGACUACAAGUAUGUAAGAAUUGUGGGUCGUUCUAAUUCAUCUCAAGGAAAGUCUGAAGUCGAUGUCUAUUCAUUGAAAUCAGAUACUUGGAAACGUAUCCAGCAUAUUCCUUAUACAAUUUCUAACGGACCAAGUGUAUCAGCACCGGGGGUGUUCUGUAAUGGAGCUCUUCAUUGGAUUGCAAAAUCUUAUUCAGGAAACAGCCGCAAAGUUUUAAUUGCUCUGGAUCUUGGAAAUGAGAGUGUUCAAGAGAUCCCACAACCAGAAAACUUGGAUGUUGGAAAUUUUGGUGCUAGAUAUGUCAGUUUGUUGGAUAAGUGCCUAGGCAUGCUUUGUAAUAGUCAUAUGGAUGGUUAUGAAGUGUGGAUGAUGAAGGAUUAUGGAGUGAGAAAAUCUUGGAAGACACUCUAUAAGAUUCCCACCCUCAUUGAUGUUAAGUUUGUUCAGUCAGUUCAGUACUUGAGGAAGAUGGAGUAUUUAAAAAACGGCGAGAUUCUACUGAAAAUUAAACAGCACGAGGUUUCUAAUUUGGCUGGUGAGGAGGCUUUGGUUGUGUAUAACCCAAAGGAUAGAGCAACUAAGAUUCUAAAGCAUAGUAAGAAUGGCUUUUCAGGGGUAUUUGAAGUGGAGACUUAUAUAAAGAAUUUAGUUUCACUCAAAUCUGGUACAUAUGUGGGGGAUAUAGCGCAAGAGAAAAAAUAUAAGGGGAAAGCAUUAGCGGGCAUUAGGAUUUAG